AUGUCCAAGGAUCACACCGCGCUCCCCAUGCAGAGCCUCUCGAUCGACGAGAAGGCCGGCCACGACCCCAUCACCGGCCACCGCACCCCCUCCGUGGGCACCCCCGGUCACAGCGGUAUGGGCGCACAGCCCACCGGCGGCAUCCUCCCCGGUGGCGCGCCCAAGAACGACAAGAAGAAGAUCCACCCCGCCGUCAUCAUCGUCCUCUGGAUCGCUCUCUCCAGUAGCGUUAUCGUCUACAACAAGUUCGUCCUUGACCCCAACCAGCUCAACUUCCCCUUCCCCGUCUUCCUCACAACCUUCCACAUGGCAUUUGCCACCGUCGGAACAAGGCUGCUCGCACGAUACACCCACCUCCUCGACGGCCUCGCCAACGUCGAGAUGACCAACGAACGCUGGAUCAAGAACAUCCUCCCCAUCGGCGCCCUCUUCUCGUGCUCCCUCAUCUUCAGCAACAUGGCCUACCUCACCCUCGGCGUCAGCUUCAUCCAGAUGCUCAAGGCCUUCACCCCCGUCGCCGUCCUGCUCAUCUCGUUCGCCUUCGGCCUCAAGCAGCUCUCCGGCUCCCUCACCAUGAUCGUCGGCUGCAUCUCCUUUGGUGUCGCACUCGCCUCCUACGGUCAGGGCGACUUUGCCAUGUCCGGCUUCAUCUGCCAGGUGCUCGCCAUCGCCUUUGAGUCCUCGCGUCUCGUCAUGAUCCAGGUGCUCCUCCAGGGCCUCAAGAUGGACCCCCUCGUCUCGCUCUACUACUUUGCGCCCGUCUGCGCCGCCAUCAACGCCUGCGUGCUUCCCUUCACCGAGGGUCUCCUGCCUUUCUUCCAGAUCUCCAACCUCGGCCCCUUCGUCCUCUUCACAAACGCUGGCGUCGCCUUUGGCCUCAACAUCGCCGCCGUCUUCCUCAUCGGCGCCGCUAGCUCCUUGACCCUCACGCUCGCAGGUGUCAUCAAGGACAUCCUCCUCAUCCUCGGCUCCAUGCUCCUCCUCGGAGACACCGUCACUGGCCUCCAGUUUGUCGGCUACGGCAUCGCCCUCGCCGGCCUUGUCGCCUUCAAGACGCACAAGGGUUAA